AACAAAUAAUUUGAGCGUGAUGCCUCCAAAAAAGAAGAAGGGGAAGAAAAAAGGAAAGAAGGGUGAACCGGGCGAAUUGACAGUAAAAGAUAAGUACAACAAAACUUUACAAGAAGUGGAUUCCUUGAAACACGAACUCGAGACAAGGUCUGAACUUGCCCGAAGAAAUAACGCCAAGGCAAACGAUCUUAAAUUAAAGGUAUCAGAAUGGGAGAACGUAGUGAAGGAGGAGCAGGAGGAGAAGCUAGAUAUAUCCGCGGACAUGGUCAGGCAAUACAAAACCAUGCAGAGUACAAUGGCGCUACGGAUACAUUUGCUGGAGACAAGCCUUGCUCACAUGCAGGUUCAGCUGGAUACUACUAAGAGUAAAUUAGAUGAGACAGAGAAAGCUAAAUCAGAUCUACAGAAGAAGUACGAUGAUGCUGUCGAGAAAAUGGAAAGGGAAAUGAGUGACAUGGAGAAGAAGUAUGAGAGUAUUCUGAUAGAAGCUAUGGACGCGGUAGCAGGCAAGUUAGAGCAAGCACAAUCCCGCUGGCAGAAGAGUUGUGAGAUGGUACAGCUGCGCAACAUUGGGAAGCUCAGAGAGUUCGGACUACCCAACCUAGAGUUGUGAUAAUGAGUAACUACUACUAACUAAUGUGUAACUACUACUAACUAAUGAGUCACUACUACUAACUGAUGUGUAACUAACUGAUUGUUUAAAGUUUAACGCCCUGAUAAAGUGAAUACAUAUUACAUAUAAUACUAGUAGUCAGGAUUUUGCCACAUUUCAGACAGACAUUAUUAUAGUGUAAAUAUGAUAUUAGUAUAUAUAUAUAUAUAUAUAUAGUGUGAUAUUAGUAUAUUGUGUUUAUUCUUAUAUUUAUUUAACUUCAUUUUAAUUUAUAACCAGAGA